GGAUGAGUUGAGAUCAAGAAGAAGAAAAACAAUAAUGAUACGAGUACAAAGUUAUUCUUCGGCCGUGGUCAAGUCAACGACGACGACCGACCACCGCCCUUGUGCUUCUCUGCUUGUUUUAAUCAUUAUUUUCUUCUCCUCUGCAUGUUCGACGGGGGGACUGGAAACUGGGCCGGCGAUCAACGAGACAGAGAAGAUGAAAGCUGUUCAUGCUCUUCUCAAGAAGAUCAACAAGCCUGCUAACAAGACGAUUCAUAGUCCGGACGGAGACAUUAUAGAUUGUGUGGACUAUCAUCAACAACCCGCUUUUGAUGAUCCACUCUUGAAGGCGCAAAAACGUCCACUGAGCCAAGCUGAAUGGCCAGAAGGCCACAUCAAAAAUAGCUUGGACAUGGAAAAUGUUCAGUUGUGGAGCCUAAAUGGGGAGUCAUGUCCAGAGGGAACAGUGCCUAUUAGAAGAACCAAAGAGCAAGACAUUCUGAGAGCUCCUUCCAUUGCCGCUUUCGGAAGAAAAAUGUCAACAAAAAGAGAUUCCUCAAACGAGGUCCAUGAGCAUGCAGUUGGAUAUGUAAAGGGGGAUAGUGUAUACUAUGGAGCAAAAGCUGGUAUAAAUGUGUGGGCACCUCAUGUUGCUGAUAACUCAGAUGAAUUCAGCAUAUCACAAAUAUGGAUAACCUCUUCUUCGUUGGAUAAUACCAUUGAAGCGGGUUGGCAGGUUAGCCAAGCGAUGUAUGGCGACACGUCUCCGAGAUUCUUCAUAUAUUGGACAGGGGAUUCAUAUAACAAUGGUUGUUACAAUUUGGGAUGCUCGGGCUUUGUCCAAAUUGGAAAUAAAUAUGCUGUUGGGGCAGCCAUCACUCCGACCUCAGAGUAUAAUGGGACACAAAAGGACAUCGAGAUAUAUAUUUGGAAGG